GUUUGUGUUUUCUGUUUCUUCUGUCAGAUUUGCAAUUUCAUUUCUUUCCUGCGAUUCUGUGAACCGCGUGUGCUUGGGUUAAUCUGAUAUUUAAUUAAUGUAAUUAUCCUGUGAUUUGUCAAGCGGAUUAUGGUAUUUCUGAUUUAGGUUUUGAUUUAUCUUUUUCCCAGCAAUUUCAUGAGAUGGGUAGUUGGUGGGCGGUGGACAUUUUGUUGCUGCUGUUGUUUUCUUUAGAUCGUGUUAUUAUCUUUUUGUCGUCGAUGAUGAUCGAAGUUAUACUGUUUUGAAUUUGAUUAGUUGAUGAUGGAAGAUGGGCUGUUUUGUAUUUCAUUUGUUGCUAAAUAUGUUGUUACAACUUCCUUGUAUCCUCAUAGUUUCAUAGUUGUUACCUCGUUUUCAUGCUGUAUAUCCGAGGUAGAAGAACCGAUUUGAAUUUUCAGGUAGAGAUAGAGAUUGGUCAACUCGACGUCGAGUAUAUAUUAGUUGGCCUAGAUGGAUCCGAUGGGUGAUGAGCAAAUAGAUUAUGAAGAUGAGGAAUAUGGUGGGUCUCAGAAGCUUCAGUAUCAGGGAAGUGGAGCCAUCUCUGCGCUUGCAGAUGAAGAGGCGAUGGUAGAAGAUGAUGAGUACGAUGAUCUGUAUAAUGAUGUUAAUGUUGGAGAGGGUUUCAUGCAGAUGCACCGAUCUGAGGCACCAGUUCCACCUGGUGGAGUUGGCAAUGGAGGACUCCAAGCACAGAAAACUAAUGUUCCUGAACCAAGAGCUCAAGCUGGUGUCUCUCAGGACCUGAAAAUUCCUGGGGUUUCAGUUCAAGGGAAGUAUUCUGGUGCUGGAGCCCAGUUUCCGGAACAGAAUCAGCCACUAGUGGCGAAGGAGCCAGAACUGGGAUCCACAGGUUAUGUGGGUGGGGCUUCUGGAUCACAGAAGGGGAGGGUUAUGGAGAUGACUCAUGAUACUCAAGUCAGACAAAUGGGGUUUCAGGGGUCAACAACUAUACCCCCAAAUGUCAGUAUUGAUUCUUCUGAUAUUACCGGAAAAGGUAAUAGUGAGUUUAUUCCGUCACUGAAUCCUGGCACUGCUGGUCCUCCGGGAGCUGCACCGAUACCGACUAAUCAAAUGAGUAUCAAGAUAAAUGCUAAUCGUCCAAUGGUUAAUGAAAACCAAAUCCGGCCACCAAUUGAGAAUGGUUCGGCUAUGCUGUUUGUGGGAGAACUACAUUGGUGGACAACUGAUGCUGAGAUCGAAAGUGUUUUAUCUCAGUAUGGAAGGGUCAAGGAAAUUAAGUUUUUUGAUGAGAGGGCCAGUGGUAAGUCCAAAGGGUAUUGUCAGGUUGAGUUUCAUGAUCCAGCUGCUGCAACUGCAUGCAAAGAGGGAAUGGAUGGUUAUGUUUUCAACGGGAGAGCUUGUGUUGUAGCUUUUGCUUCUCCGCAGACCUUGAAACAGAUGGGAGCUUCUUAUUUGAGCAAAUCACAAGGCCAGGCUCAGGCUCAGCAACCAGGAAGAAGGCCCAUGAAUGAUGGUGUUGGGAGGGGGGCAGGUGUGAAUUUUCAAGCGGGAGACACAGGAGGGAGGAAUUUUGGAAGGGGUGGAUGGGGACGAGGUGGACAGGGAGGAAGAGGUCCUGGAGGUGGAGGACCAAUGAGGGGAAGAGGAGGGGCCAUGGGUGUGAAGAAUAUGGUUGGGAAUCCUGCUGGUGUUGGAACUGGCGCUAAUGGAGGAGGCUAUGGACAGGGUCUCGGGGGUCCUGGAUUUGGUGGUCCUGUAGGAAUGAUGAAUCCUCAGGGUAUGAUGGGUUCUGGAUUUGAUCCAACAUAUAUGGGUCGAGGAGGUGGUUAUGGAGGGUUUCCAGGUCCUGCCUUUCCUGGAAUGCUUCCUCAAUUUCCUGGUGUUAAUACAAUGGGACUUGCCGGGGUGGCUCCUCAUGUAAACCCAGCAUUCUUUGGCAGGGGAAUGGCAGCUAAUGGGAUGGGGAUGAUGGGUUCUUCUGGAAUGGAGGGACAUCAUGCAGGGAUGUGGAAUGACCCAAGCAUGGGGGCCUGGGGAGGAGAAGAACAUGGUCGAAGAACUAGGGAGUCAAGUUAUGGUGGUGAUGAUAAUGCUUCUGAGUAUGGAUAUGGUGACACAAAUAAUGAGAAAGGAGCAAGGUCAAGUGCUGCCUCAAGGGAAAAAGAACGGGGAUCUGAGCGUGACUGGUCAGGAAACUCUGAGAGGAGGCAUCGUGAUGGUAGAGAACAAGACUAUGAAAGGUCUGAAAGGGGGGAGCACAGGGAGCAUCGUUACAAGGAAGAAAAAGAUAGUUAUCGAGACCAUCGGCAGAGAGAUCGUGACGGGGUUUAUGAGGAUGACUGGGACAGAGGUCAGUCUUCUUCAAGACCUCGUAGUCGUAGCAGGUCCAAAGCAGUGCCAGAGGAUGAUCAUCGGUCUAGAUCAAGGGAUGUUGAUUAUAAGAGGAGACGGUUGCCAUCUGAGUGACAGAGUUAGAUCGUUACCUUCUAUGGCAGGUCUUUGAGAGACUGCAGAAUAUAAAUUCUGACUAUUACUAUAUGUAGCUUUUGAUACGUACAGUGAAUCUGCAUUCUUCCUCUGGGCUUCACCGGGCCUACUGCCUACCAAUAAGCGUGGUUUCUUGAAGGAGAAGUAAGUUCUACCAGUGUGCAUAGGAGGGAAGGAUCAGUUCCCCCUUUGCUUUAUUAUACUGCUUUCCACAGAACAUUUAGCUGUCACUAUUAAUAUUUGUGUGCUUAAAAACAAUUAGAAACUUUUAGUAGCAUACCAAUGAAGAUAUAGCUGUGGGGUUUGGCUACUCAUUUCCUGCAGUAGUAUCUUCUUGGUUUAAUAACUAUGCUACCUAGUUUCUUCAAGACAAUUGCUUUAUUGGGUUUGUGAUAUUAUAGUUUGAAAACUUCUUGUGCUCUA